ACUGCAGGGCCGUCUGGACUGGGAGCCUCAGCUCAGCUAAAUAAGGCUAAACCGAUCAAUUAUUAGAUAUAAAUCAAGUUAGAGCAUGCAGUAAUUUCAGGGAUAUGUUCUGAGCCUUCGAGGAAUGUUUUGUCAACAAUGACCUGGAGAUAUUUUUGUAUGCGGAUCUACCAUGCUGUAUCCCCUCUUUGAGCUAGCUGCCCAGCUGAGGGUGUGCAGUGACAUUGACAAUCAAGAACAAAGAAGGUAUCAGUCACCAGUCUUAUCCCUGGUCCAGUCUAAAAAGCCAGUUCGGCCAGCCAGAAUCACCUUCAGCUCCCAUAGGCAAAUUGGCAAUGCGACUGUCACCGUUUUGGUGUGUAGUGUGGAUUUCUUAAUCUUGAGAUAUGAAGAUCAUGGACACAAACCAAUUACAAAAGAUCUUAAAUGGUUUCAGGAUCCAACCAAGGCCAUUUGUGCCGUCACCCUUGACCCCACUGGCAGUUGGGCAGUGGUAGCAUGCAGCGAUAGGAGUCUUUAUCUCAUUCCUGUGCUAGCUCUCCUUGGAGUACCUUCAUCUAAAACUGGGAAUUCCUUCUGGAAGAAGAAUGAUGUCACCAAGAUCGAUAUCAAGGCUAACAUUGGAGUCCCGUCUGCUCUUCUGUGGUGGAAUUCUUUGGAUGAUAGAUUCAUCAUCGUCAUGGGAACGGAGAAAGGAGAGGUGAUGAUGGUUGACCUGGGACUGGAGCGCGAUGUCCGGACGGUGUUGAUCGGUGAGGCCAUAGCGUCUAUGGAUAUGAUCAGACAUGAUGAUAACAUCGGUUACCUCCUGGUGUUCACCAAGGGAGGCAACCAAUGGGGUAUGCUGUUAGAACAGUCUUCUGAGGUCUCUGCCCUGACCACCUCUAUGGAGAUGGAGGCUGAGAUUCUAGAGUACGAGGUCAUCCAGACCAACAGUCUUCCUGUCAGGAGCAUCCUUCAUUCAGGGCUUCUGACUGAAGAACUUGUCCAAUUUUCAGAUGGGACAUCUCCUGGUUUUGCACCUGUUCGCUUCCAGCAGUUCACCCAGAAUAUUCAACUCACUUCCCAGUACGCCAGGGGCCGAUCACUUGUUGCUGGUCAUAACUUCACUGCUAACAUCUUCAAGAUCUAUGACAGCAGUAUAGAUAACUGGAUGCCCCUCUACGUCUACCGGAUACCCCCAUCAUCUCAUCAAAUACUACUCACAAACAGACUUCUUUUCUGUGUGACAGUUUCAGAAGAUAAACAGGUUAGCCUCCUUGUCUUGUCCAAUCAGAAAUCAGAAGUGUCGUCACCUGACCAGCUGCCGAACAAGGACGCAAUUCUGCAGACGUUCACCUUUCCCAAGGAUGAGACAUUCAUUGGAAUGUACCGCCAUAACGCUGAGGGACCCACUGGGAGGAGGAGAAGGACCGCAUCCUCUCUGAGUCACACCCGUCACCGGACCGGUAGUGGCAUCAGGGCUGGGUUGUUACCUGACGGGGAGGGGGAGGAGUCUGAUGACGACUAUUACAGCACAUCAUCCGAGCUGGCCGAGUCUGAGACGGGGUUCCACGGUAAGCUGCAUCCAGAGAACGACCCUCACCGGACCACCCUCUGCACUGUUCUGGAUGGGUGCACUGUCAUCACCAGUCGGGCGGUGUACCAUUGUAGGCCCAGGAUCUCCCCGGAGGGACUGUUCCUGGACCUGGCCCUGUCAGACAGGGAUGGGUCCGUGGCGGAGAACCUCGGUAUCACCCUGGAUCUUGACAUGAGCGCCCUCUAUGAGAUUGCUGCGGAGAGGAAGCUGGCUAUGGGUGAAGUACAGAGAGCACUCAAUCUAUACCAGAUUUCACAGUGUUCAUACAUCAAGCAGGUGACCAACCUUGCAAAGUACGGCCGCAUCAGCGAGAUUCUCUCUCUGGUCACCCUGGCCCUGGGCAGGACAUCAGAGUUGAGCGGUCAAGAGCGGAAGAUGCUCGCCAACAUAGCCAUCAAGUGCUUUGUGUAUGAGAUACUGGAAGGAGAUAGGCGAGAAGAGCUCAUGUUUAAUUUCAAGCAGUUUGUCCUGGAAAGCUUUGACUACAAUGAAGAUGCAGCAUUGGAGCUCUUUGCAUCAUGUGGUCUUCAUGACAUCCUUAUUGAAGUAGCAAAGGCCAGGGGCAAGGUCUCCAUUGCUCUUGACCUGGUCCUGAAGACGGGACUCCCUCAGAUAGACUGUUGCUUGAGAAAACAGCUGGUGUCGCAAGGCUACAUCACAAAGUUCUCCGCGGCAGGCGACAUGUCGUUUGUGAGAUGCAUGCCCCCUCAACAGGCCAUCACACACCUUCUAGCUAAGCCUGAGCUCAUCUUCAGGUACACAGAGUUUGUGAGAAGUUGCCUGGAUGAUGUGGAUGUCAAGACCUUACUCAAGUUGGCUCAGCUCUUUGACCCGUCCAAACCAACCCUUAGACCACUCCUCAAGAGCCAGAGGGAAAGGAGUCAUUCUACUGGUUCAACCUCGUCACAUGAUAGCUUCAAGACCGCACAGUGCUCCACUGACAGUGAGGAUGGUGCUAUGUUCCCUAAACCCAGUGUGCUAAUAGAGAUCUUUAUCAUCAUCCUACUCAAACUUAACAAGAAGAGACAAGAACAGGGAAGCACUCAAUCAUUGGAGAACGGCCAUGCCUGUGAUCUUGCCAUCCCUGUAUGUCCUGAAGAGAGUAGCUCCGACAGGUUACCCGUAGGUCUCCUGCUACCAGCUCAGAAUGUCGUGGCUUGUGGCCAGGACCAUGCUGCUAUAGUAGCUAACGGCGAUGUCUAUACGUGGGGCAGGGCUCAUGAAGGAAGGUUAGGUCAAGGAGACAUCAUAUCUCUCGAUGGUAGAGCGCCCCCACUCCGAGUAGAGACGCUUCACAUGCAUGGUAUCCAUGUCCGGGCAGUGGCUUGUGGGAAGGAACAUACCAUGGCCGUCACUCGAGAUGGAAAGCUGUACAGUUGGGGGAGUUCCUCCUAUGGUCAGCUAGGGGUGGGAGACAGGAACGUCCACUCCAGACCGGUCGCUGUAGAAGCUUUGAAUGGUCAACGAUGUCUGUCGGUGGCCUGCGGUCAGCUUCAUACACUAGUGAUAACACAAGGUCAAAGAUUAUGGAGCUUCGGAUGGGGGGUCCAUGGUCAGCUGGGACAUGGAGACGUCGAGGACCAAAUCUUGCCAAAACUCGUCAACCCGUUCAGUAAAAGUGCAAUAGUUGGGAUCAGUGCUGGUUACGCUCAUAGCGGAGUACUCACCAACGAUGGACAAGUUUGGAUGUUUGGUUCCUCUGCAUUUGGUCAGCUAGGCACUGGGUCUGUAGGAAAGUCAACCGUACCGAUCCACCUGGAAGCGUUAAGUUCUCGUCACGUCAGCAUAUUGACAUGUGGUUACUAUAGCAAUAUUGCCAUCACCUGCAACCCCCAGAAGGUGUACUCGUGGGGAAAGAGCCCUCUAGAGUUGAGACAGGCGUUACAGCUAGCCAGGAAACGCCAUCACGCUCGCCACAAUAACCCCGAGCCUCACCAUCAGACUGUAUCACGGCUUCCGUCCCUUCCGCUCGAGAAUCAGCAUCUCUUACCGUCCCUUGUACCCACCAACAUACAAGCUCCUAUCAAGCAGAUGACGAUGUCAGGAAACCACUACCUGAUGUUAACCACUGUUGGAGAUCUGUAUACUUGGGGUAGCAAUGAAGCAGGCCAGCUAGGCAUGGGAAACAGAGUCAAUCAGAGUGUACCUGUUUGGAUCAACCGAUCAAGAGAUGAUCUGUUUGUAGCCAUAGCUGCUGGUUCCCGUUUCUCACUGGCCGUCAACUACCAGAACCAAGCCGUUGCUUGGGGGUCAGCAGAAUAUGGAAAGCUUGGCAUGGAAACUCGAGAUAAGAUGUGUCUUCCGUCCUACUCCACCUCGGCCUAUCCGGACCCCAGGACAGGCUCAAAGACCACCCCCAGGACCUUCCUACAACCCACCAUUAUACCAGGCAUACCGGCGAUACACGUGGAGAGGGAGAGCAUAGCAAGCUGUGAUAGCAGUGAUGAGAGCUCAGAUGGGGAGGAUGAGCUUCAGGAUAGUGGAGUAUUAGAAUCCAUCAUCUCUAGUCUACCUGACUUGGGUCAACCUGAUGAAGAUGGACCUAUCUAUGGCAAGCCAAGUUUAUCUCUGACACUCACACACUUGCAGACCUUCUUCAGCUCUGCAACCAUUCUUCAUCAGGCAGUCAACACAGAACACUGGUGGUUAGCAGCAGAAUUAAGCCAUCAGACUGGUGAUCAUAUAUCAGCAUUAGGCUAUAGUCUAAGGGAAUUAGAGACUGGGUUUAUCAAGGAUCACCAGUCGCACCAGGAAAAAGUACUGGCUACUGUCAACAAAUAUUUAAGAUUGGUUUUAGAUAAAACACCAACUUCUAGGUUCAGUGAAGCCAUCGCCAUAGAAACAGGCAAGCAGCUGUUGAUCCAGAUCUUCCACUACUGGUAUCGCCAUCCUCACCUAGCGAUCAGUGAAUUGGAAUCUCUCCUUCUACCUCAUCUAGAUCUUCUGGCUCAGCCGCUCAGUUCAAUACUAUUCAGUGUGGACCAAGGUGCAAGGGACAGAGAAUCAUCGCCAGACGAAGCUGACUACCUCAUACCUCCAGCAUUCUUAGAUCGCUUUAGCUCUUCGUUCUGCUUAGAGAUCACCAACCAUGUCGUAACUUCCAUCUCCAGUAGUCAGCCCACGUUAGCCAACCUAGACCAGGUCCUCUCCACCUUCAUUCCGGUUCAAACCAGUUGUAACCAGCUCAGAUUGGAUGCGGCUGCUGCCGCCUCGUCUUCGUACGGCAGUGUGCCGGCAGAGAAGCUCUGGCAGGAGAUCCUGUUCAACUUGAGAAAGGAUGUCAUGUCCCAGAGCUACAUCCGACUUUCUGGCAAGGAUCUUGCGGCCUUGGUGCCUGGCGGCAGGUCACCCUACGAGGGCGGCGUUGGAAGCAAGGUGUCAUUGGACUGUGUGGUGUUCACUUGCGGACAUCACUAUCAGAGACAAGAUUUGAAGCGGCAGGUAAUGUCGACGUGGGGCACCGAUAUGGAGGCUCUUCCCGUUCCCCUCCCCAUCACCAAGAAGGCAUUACAGUCCAUGUAUACAGAGGAAGGUGAUAAAACUCUACCCGGGGCAUGCCCUCGAUGCAUUCACAGUGCAAUAUUGGCGUACCAAAAAGAGUAAUUCCACCAGAAGACAACUCCGAAGGGCGAAUAGGCAAACAGGGAUCUGUGCAUUUCUUACUGUUUUUGUAUCGUUAGGAACCAGAAAAGGUCGUGAAAUUGAUAGUAAUGAUGUAUUUCAAUAGGUACCAGUAGAUGUAUGUCAUGAUGAUUAGAGGAUAUACAGUGAAUUAAGAUCAUCCAGGUUACAGUCAGACCGCAGGACCCUAUGCUAAUGAGCAAAAGGCCAAAUUCAUCAUCUCGUGGCUGAAU